AUUGAUCUUUAAAACAACAAAAAUCAGUUGGUGAUCGUGUUCGCUCUCCAAAAAAACCAAACAUAAAAAACAUUCCGAUAUUACUGACUUCCUCCUUGUCAAGUUACAACUUGUCGUUGUCGAUCUCUAAAAAUAAAAAAAUGUGAUAUGACAUCAGUCAGUGACAUGUGAAGUUUGGUUGACUGAGGUUACUGUUAGAUACUGUGUACGCACUUAAAAUCAAUUAUUAUUUUACUGUUUUAGUACCAAGCGAAGCGUUACGGUCGUUACUAAGGAAAAUAAAUAUUAUAUUAUAAGUGCCUAGACCGUUAGACGUUAACUGUACCAGUUAUACAAGUAGAAUUUAUUACAAGGUUAAAUUAUAUUCUAAAUAAAAAAGCGCACAAUGGCUUUAGCAAUUGAAAAAACAAAAAUCUUAGAAUUUUUGGAACUCGUCGGUCGUUUGAAGCAUGUUAAAAGGACUGGCUGGGUGCUUUGUGAUAUAAAUGAAUGUGAGUCCAUUGCUGGGCACAUGUACCGCAUGGGUUUGAUGACCUUCCUGCUCACAGAUGAGAACAACCCUACCAAUCUGGACAGGUUCAGGUGUCUCCAAAUAGCUCUUGUCCAUGAUUUAGCCGAAUGUAUAGUUGGAGAUCUCACACCUCAUUGUGGUGUGUCACCUGAAGAGAAACAUCGACGAGAAGAUGCGGCUAUGCAGGAAAUAGCAGAACUUACUGGCAUUGCUGGUGACAGAAUGUACAAUCUUUACAAAGAAUAUGAAAACCAAACAUCACCUGAGGCUAAAUUCGCCAAAGACUUGGAUCGCUAUGACAUGAUUUUGCAAGCAUUUGAGUAUGAAAAACGUGAGAAUGCACCAAAAAAGUUGCAGGAGUUCUUCACUGCCACUGAAGGGAAAUUUGAUCAUCCUUUCAUCAAAGAUCUGGUAAUAGAACUGUACAGACAACGAGAGGAGUUUGAAAAGAAAUGCCUAACAAAUGGGCAUGUAUAAUAGAACAAACUAUCUUCCAUACUACUCAUUAGUGUUAUUAUAACAAUAUUACUAGCAUAACAAUGCUAGUAACCUAGCUCAGCUAGUUAGAUAUUAAUAGCAAAGGGAAGCUAAAGAAAUAACCAAAAUUACUUUUUUAUUGAAUGUGAAUUUCUACAGCUGUUUUAGGGGACUGAUUCAAAAUGCAUAAUAGAACAGUUAGUGAUGAUUUUUGUUUUGCCUGGCUGUUAAAUGUUGUCUAUAUUUGAUGAAAGUGAAAAUAGGUACAAAAUAAUUUUGUUUGUUCAUCAAAAAAGUACUCAAUUUUAUUGCAAGUUUGUUUCUAAAAGACAAGAUUUUAAUAGAUGUAUUAUUUUAAUGUGUGAAGAUUUUGUUGUUGGUGUGUUAAUGUCACUUGUGUUAGUUUUGUUUUACAUGAAUAUUCGAAUAAUGCAACUAUAGUGUGGUGUUACAAAAUUUAUUCAUAAUAAAUAUAGGUAUUGUUUUAAUUUUAUUAUAAGCACACUGUCAACAGCUAUGAAAUGUAAUAAACGUGGUAUUAAUUUGUAUACGUAUUGCAAAUAUGUAUAAGGCGUAGUAUUAUAACAAAAUAUAUACGUAUUUAUUACGUGCAAUUUUCUCGAGCCAUUUAAAAUGAGCUACCAGUAAUUAUAAUUUAUACAAAAUAAUUAUCAUUCCCACUAGUCAUUAAUAACGUCGAAUUACUUAAUAAUAUACAAAUACCUGAUGUUUAAUCUUUCCUCUAAUAGUUAUUAAUUAGUAUUUAUCUAUACAUUUGUUAACAAAAAAAACUAAUAAGUAUUCGCUUUUCCUAUCUGGUUAAAAUGUAGGUAGAAGAAAAUUUAAAGAAAAACAGUGGCGUAAUAAAUAAUAAUAAUUGUCAUCUGUUAGAUAGCUUGAAAAAGCCAAAUACUCAGAUCAAAUUAAAUUAAACUGCAAUCAAAAUACAUAAUUAUAUUUAGUAUUUACCACAGAUCAAGUCAUUACGCCACUGUACAUAUAAGUGUGAUAAUUAUGAUUUUUCUCUCUAUCUUAUAAUGCCUACCAAAUAAAUGAAAAAUUGUUUCUGCAUUCUGCAUACAUUAUUAUUAAAUUACACAUUUUUUAUCAUU